CUCCCUCCUUUAGGUAAUCUGUACAGUCCCACGCUUAUGUUGUGCACAUUUGCUCCAAGGCUCAUCGCCUCCGCACAAGUAUGAUACCCAAGGAAGCUUUGGCUUCACGCUUUGCAGUGCCGCCUAAGUAAUCUGUCGCCCUAUACUCCCAUCUAUCGGUCACCAAAUGCCACAGCCUUGCCCCAGCUCCAGCAUGUCUGCAGCAGCCUGGUUAGAACUGCGCUCCAUUAUAAACAAGUGUAUUAGACGGGGCCCCAUGCUGGCUCUAGGCGAAAAAGCUUAGAGAUAUCGGAAUCGCUUACACUGCAGCCUCCUCCUCUGAAAUGUAGGAGAAGAACAAGACUUUCUCCGACUUUUGCGCAGCGACGGGCACACAACAUCGCUUUGCUUGUCCUCGAACCCCCAAAGGACGUCGGAUAGAGAAAGAAAGCUCCAACAAAAAAGAAAAAUAAAAUGAAUCUAAUGAGUGAAUCUUGAAAGACGCUCCUUUCCCCUUGUUCAACUCCUGCCCGGGAUGAAACGAAAAAGCAGCAAACGCUCGAGUCACUCAAAUACUGAUCGGGAAAAGAGGCUGCUACAACCGGAGCAGCGGCUGCUACAACCGGAACAGCGGCGACGGCGGCAGGGGUAACAGCGGUGGCAGCGGUAGCCGCCACCACCACCGCUGGACCCUGGAGCUUGGAGUCGUCAGCUGUGGCAUCUGGGGAGGAGAGAGCAGCAGCAGCAGGAGGAGGAUCUGCUGCCUCCGCUGCCGCCGCCGCCCCAGCUGCUGCCACCAAAGGGGACUGGUGUCAUCCUCUGCCCUUUCUCCUCACUACCAUGUACAGUGUGCGCUGCAAAAAGAAGCGGAGAACCAUGCAAGGACACCGUUACUUUUCUCUCCCUCUGGCCAGUCCCUUGGCAAAUGUGACUGACCAGGGGGAAAUGGUGUGAAGAAGAAAAAAAAAAAAAAAAAAAAAAAGGAGGAACUGGGAGGGGGAGGGGAGGAAGAAAAGGAAACGAGGUCGGAAUCUGUAUUUUUCUCCUUUUUUGCAAAGAAACCAGAGGAGGAGGCUUGAACGUGUGGCUGCUGCGGUUAGGGAGAAAGUUGAUGCCUAUUUCAAUGAAAAGUUUGGGCUUUUAAUCUGCCCAGGUGUCUUCUCCCUAGAAGGAUGAAGAUCACUGACAGCUAUCGGUGCUUUAUAAUAAGCAACUCCAAUGCGCGGAAUGUUGGAGGUAAAAUGUACCCUUGCUGCUCCACAUUAACUUUGGAACAGGAUCUCAACAGGAAAAUGCAUAUCUGGAUGCUGCAGACUAUAGCGUUUGCUGUAACAUCUCUCGUCUUUUCGUGUGCAGAAACCAUCGAUUAUUAUGGGGAAAUUUGUGACAAUGCAUGUCCUUGUGAGGAGAAGGACGGAAUCUUAACAGUGAGCUGUGAAAACAGGGGGAUCAUCAGCCUUGCAGAAAUCAGCCCUCCACGAUUUCCAGUCUACCACCUCUUGUUGUCUGGCAACCUUCUGAACCGUCUCUACCCCAAUGAGUUUGUCAAUUACACUGGGGCUUCAAUUUUACAUCUAGGGAGCAAUGUCAUCCAGGACAUUGAGACAGGGGCAUUUCAUGGGCUUCGAGGUUUAAGGCGAUUGCAUCUGAAUAAUAAUAAACUGGAACUACUAAGGGACGACACUUUCCUUGGAUUGGAGAGUCUGGAGUAUCUACAAGUCGAUUACAAUUACAUCAGCGCCAUUGAACCUAAUGCUUUUGGCAAACUGCACUUGCUGCAGGUGCUGAUCCUCAACGAUAACCUUUUGUCGAGUUUACCCAACAAUCUUUUCCGUUUUGUGCCCUUAACGCAUCUGGACCUUAGGGGCAACCGGUUGAAACUUCUGCCCUACAUAGGGUUGUUGCAACAUAUGGAUAAAGUUGUAGAAUUACAGCUAGAAGAAAACCCCUGGAAUUGUUCUUGUGAGUUGAUCUCACUCAAAGAUUGGUUGGACAGCAUUUCCUACUCUGCUUUGGUAGGGGAUGUGGUUUGUGAGACGCCUUUCCGGUUACAUGGGCGGGACUUGGAUGAAGUGUCGAAGCAGGAGCUUUGCCCAAGGAAACUCAUCUCGGACUAUGAAAUGAGGCCCCAGACACCUUUGAGCACUACUGGGUAUUUACACACCACCCCAGCCUCGGUCAAUUCGGUGGCCACCUCUUCCUCUGCUGUUUACAAGCCUCCUCUGAAGCCCCCUAAAGGGACCCGCCAACCUAACAAACCCAGGGUACGCCCCACCUCGCGCCAGCCCUCUAAAGACUUGGCCUACAGCAACUAUGGCCCCAGCAUCGCCUACCAGACUAAAUCGCCGGUGCCUUUGGAGUGUCCUACUGCGUGCUCUUGCAAUCUGCAGAUUUCUGACUUGGGCCUCAAUGUUAACUGCCAGGAGAGAAAGAUAGAAAGCAUCUCUGAGCUUCAGCCCAAACCCUACAAUCCCAAGAAGAUGUACUUGACAGAGAACUACAUCACAGUCGUUCGUCGGACUGAUUUCCUGGAGGCGACAGGGCUAGAUCUGCUGCAUCUUGGAAACAAUCGCAUCUCGGUAAUACAGGACCGUGCUUUUGGGGAUCUAACCAAUCUGCGACGACUCUAUCUUAAUGGUAACCAGAUUGAACGCCUGAACUCAGAGCUGUUUUAUGGUCUACAGAGCUUGCAGUAUCUUUUCCUCCAGUACAAUAUUAUACGAGAGAUCCAGGCUGGGACCUUUGAUACAGUCCCUAACCUACAGCUUUUGUUUUUAAACAACAACCUCUUGCAGGCCCUACCCGGGGGCAUUUUUUCUGGCCUCACGCUGCUUAGGCUAAAUCUAAGGAGCAAUUACUUUUCUUCCUUGCCUGUGAGUGGAGUGUUGGAUCAGCUGAAAUCUCUUAUUCAGAUCGACUUGAAUGACAACCCUUGGGAUUGCACUUGUGACGUGGUGGGCAUGAAGUUGUGGGUGGAGCAACUCAAAGUAGGGGUACUUGUAGAUGAGGUCAUCUGCAAGGCCCCCAAGAAGUUCGAGGAGACCGAUAUGAGGUCUAUUAAGUCGGAGCAUUUGUGCCCAGACUAUUCCGAUGUGGUGGUUUCUACACCUACUCCCUCCUCCAUACAGAUUCCACCACGAACCACAUCCUUGUCCUCCACAGUCAGAUUUAACAGCACGGGUGCCACUGCUGGGGGUGGCUCUGGCAACAGCGCUUCUUCAGUCCCCUUGUCUGUGCUGAUCCUCAGCUUGCUGCUUGUCUUCAUCAUGUCAGUUUUUGUGGCUGCUGGGCUCUUUGUUCUGGUGAUGAAAAGGAGAAAGAAGAACCAGAGCGAUCACACCAGCACCAACAACUCCGACGUGAGUUCCUUCAACAUGCAGUACAGUGUGUACAGUAGCAGCGGGGGUAGUAGCCAUCACCAUUCACAUACUCACCAUAGGGGCCCAACCCUCCCUAAAGUCAAAACUCCCGCGGGCCACGUGUACGAAUAUAUCCCACACCCACUGGGCCACAUGUGCAAAAACCCCAUCUACCGUUCCCGGGAGGGCAAUUCGGUGGAAGAUUACAAAGAUCUGCACGAGCUCAAGGUCACCUACAGCAGUAAUCACCAUCUGCAGCCUCAACAGCAGCAGCAGCAGCCACAGCAGCCACAGCCUCAGCAGCAGCAGCAGCAGCAGCCACAGCAGCAGCUGCAGCUACAGCAGGGAGAUGAGGAGAGGCGGGAAAGCCACCACCUGCGGAGCCCCGCCUAUAGUGUCAGUACCAUUGAGCCGAGGGAGGAGCUGCUGUCACCAAUGCAAGACGCUGAUCGCUUUUACAGAGGCAUUUUAGAACCCGAUAAACACUGCUCGGCCACCACGGCUGGCAGUAGCCUCCCAGAAUAUCCUAAAUUCCCUUGCAGCCCUGCUGCCUAUACUUUCUCCCCCAACUAUGACCUUAGGCGCCCCCAUCAGUACUUACACCCAGGGGCUGGGGACAGCAGGCUCCGGGAAACGGUGCUCUAUAGUCCCCCGAGUACUGUCUAUGUAGAACCCAACAGGAAUGAGUAUCUGGAAUUAAAAGCAAAACUAAACGUUGAGCCGGACUACCUCGAAGUGUUGGAAAAACAGACCACAUUUAGCCAGUUCUAAAGGCAACAAACUUCCCAUAGAGCAUUUGUAUUUAAAACAAACACACGAACAAGCAAACACAUGAUGAACCGGUUUGAUUGAUUGUGUUGUUUCAACGUUUAGGGUGAAGUGCCUUGGCACAGGAUUUUCAACUACGGCGAAUGAUACUGAAAGGGUGUGCAAUUUCAUUUUAUUUUUACAAGUAGGAAAUGUUUGCAUAAGCUGGGCACAACUCUUGCUCUUCUUGUGUCAGUGGGGGAAAGAGGAGCUGUAUGGAGGGCCAUUUCUUCAGGUGACUUAAAGGUCCAUGAAGUUUUUUGGUGGUGGGGAAUACUUUUGUUUUUCAAAGACUGAAGGGCACAGAUUCCCCCUUUCCUCCUCCGAUCCUUCAUUCCCUCCCCCUUUAAGCCAUGGGUGUUUAUAAAUGGCUUUUUUGGAGAGAGAUUAGCACACCCCGGAUUUAAUACAAGGUUUCUUUACUUUUUUCUUUUUUUUUUUUUUUAAAGGAUGUUUGUAUGCUUUCUGGACAUUUGAAUUUAAAAAAAAAAGAAUUAUGAUCUUGAAAAGGAUCAGUAUAGAUGUGGAAAAAACAUUAAAGAGUGCAGAGCUAUAUGAUCCAUAACUGGUUAGUCAAAAUAACUUAUUGAUGAAAUAUAAAAAUAUUUUAUUGUAGCACCUAUUUUUAUAUGCACAUUUCCAUUUCUCUUUCCUUCACUAUUUUAGUCUAUGAUUUAUUUGGAGCUUUAUUUCCAAUGCUAAAGUGACAUCAGGAAGGCAUCUAAUCCUAAAAUUUCCAGUAUAGAUGACUAAAUUUUAGAAGACAAUCCAAUCCACCCAAUUGGGUUUGCAUUUAAAAAAAAUUACUGCUACUUCCUCAGUAUAUUAAAACAUUAUCUAUUUGGGAAAUUUGGACUAACUAGUGAGGGAUAUAUGGAAAUUGUAGGUUUCCAGUGAGAGAGAAAGAAGGACUCUUUUCAUCUAACCAACCAAAAUAUAAUAAUUUGACUACUAUUGUAGCCAAUAUAUGAUUGUUUAGAGAAAUGCAGUUGCAUUUGUCCAUUUGAGGACUGGCACCUUAAAACACCAAAAGAUGGACUGUGCAAAUUUAUAUAUGAUCUUUACCCUUUUGGGCAGCAGGCAAUGAUAAUGAAUUACCAUAAAUCUGGAUCACUGUAAGAUGGGGCUACUGAUGUCUCAUAUAUAUCUCAGCACAUGAAAUUUUUAUAGUUGAUGAAUACAUACUUAAUAACUAUUUCAAAUAUGAGAAAAUGAAGUAAUAAUUACCUGGAGUCCAAAAUAUCUAAACCAGAAACCAAUGAAUCUCCAAUUUUAAUCAAGAUGGAGGGUAUAGGAGCUAAUCCACUAGGCAUAAUUUAAACAAUUCCUUGAAUACUUAUGGGGAGUUAAUACACUAUAAUCAUCAGUUCUGAGUUUGAGGGAGCUAGAAAUUUCUAAAUGUGUCACUAAUUUGUUUAUUGGUGAAAUUUCAAAUUUAUAUUUUGUUUCCAUUCUUAAGUGUUCAUUUAAUACAUGGAACAGGGUAAGUAAUGUUGCUUUACACAGGUUUAUUGAAAUUCUAUGUAGGCUCUCAUGAUUGUUUUUUUUUUUUUUCUUAUUCAGUUAUCAGUUUGCCAUUGUGUCCAUAUUUCAAAUUAUAUAAAUUUAUAUUCAAAGGUUGUAAUGAAUCUUGUGACUGAGUUUGAACUUUCCUUUUAAGUGUUCAAAAUACAGGUGACUACAUAUCUGCUAUAUAUUAACCUUGGGACAACAUUUAGCCAGUACAUUGGUCUUUGUCUUACAGGGCUUAACCUGCUUGUUGAGGUAAUUUGGAUUGUAAAGGUUUGUAGAUUUCAUUCUGUCUUUGGUGGCUCUCUCAACCAAUAACCUUAAAUGGAAUGUGUCAGAAGAUCCAGGGUAGUCCAUGAACCUGAAUGUGCAAGAAGCACUUUACCCACAACGAGGCACCAUCCACCAGUGAGUAAAUCGACAGUAAUUAAUUGAAUUUAAAAUAAAUGGGUAAUCACAUUUUCCCUGAGGAAAAACAAACAAAAAAACAAACAAAUAACCAACUUUCCAAUUCCUCAGUUCAAAAAAAAAUAAAAAAGCUAAAAUUUCAUAGUACCUCUUCUAAUAUCAGCAUACCCCUAUAUCUCCUUCUUUUAUUUUUAAAGCAUUUUCCCCUUUAUAUACAUGUUUAGCAAGGGGGAGGGGGCGGUUUCAUGCUAAGAUCAUGAAAAAAAAAUUCCUCCUCAUUUGUCUACUCAGUAUUUGAUUCAUUAUUAGGAAAGAACAAUGAACAAUAUUAUUUGAUAUCAUAAUGGAAAUGUGUGUAGUUUUUUUUUUCCCUUUUAAAUAAAAGGUACAAAUCAAAA